AAGCAGUGGAGCUAGAGACUCAAAGGGGAAAACAGAGCACCCCGGGGACCAGAGCCACGCCAGAGACCAACCCGCAUGACAGAGGAGACAGAGCAUCUGAAUCAGAUGAGUAUGAUGCAACCACACAGACACCAAUCCAUGACGUGCUAAACUCUGAGCCAGCACUCUCAGCUGAGCUCAAACACAUAAACAUUCC